AUGGGUUUAUUAUUAGUCAAACUGUUAGAAUUUUCUUAUAUUGAUGUAAACUGUAAAUAUUAUGAUUUGGGCUUGAAAAAUCGUGAUGAUACUGAUGAUCAAGCAAUGAUUGAAUCGGCACAUGCCAUUCAAGGAUAUAAUGUGAAAAUUAAAUGUGCAUUGAUCACGCCAGAUGAAGAAAGAGUCAAAGUUAAGGAAUGA